GGGCGAGCCAGGUCUGAGGCCCCGCUCCCCGAAACGUGACCAUGUGGAUUCAACAGCUUUUAGGACUCAGCUCCAUGUCCCCCCCCUGGCCGGGCUGCUGCCUCGGAAGCCAUGCUUGGAUACUUAUAGCCAUGUUCCAGCUCGCCGUGGAUUUCCCCGCCUGUGAGGCCCUGGGCCCAGGCCCCGAGUUCCGGCUCCUGCCGCGCCCGUCGCACCGGCCGCCCCGGUUGUGGAGUUUUAAGAGCGGACAGCCAGCGCGGGCCCCGGCCCCCGUGUGGAGCCCCCGGCCGCCCCGCAUGGAGCGGAUUCACGGGCAAAUGCAGACUCCUCGGGCCAAACGGGCCCACAAGCCCAGGGACCAGGUGGCCGGGCUCGUGCCCAAAGGGGGGCUCUCCAAGCCCCCAGCUGCGGCCAAAUCCAGCCCUUCCCUGGCCUCCCCCUCCUCGUCCUCACCCCCUGUGGCCGGCGGGGCCACGGAACAGCAGGCCCUGCUGCGGAGGAGCAGGAGGCACCUGCGGGGGGAUGGUCUCAGCAGCUUUGACUUCAGAGGCGGCCGGCCCACGACGGAGGCCGAGUUCAUCGCCUGGGGGCCCACGGGGGACGAGGAGGGCCUGGAGUCCAACACGUUUCCGGGCAUUUACGGCCCCACCACGGUCUCUAUCUUACAAACGCGGAAGACAACUGUGGCCGCCACCACCACCACCACCACGGCCACCCCAACGACGCUGCAGACUAAGGGGCUCACCGAGUCCCUGGACCCCCGGAAAAGGAUCCCGGUCGGGGUUAGCACAACAGAGCCUUCCACCAGUCCCAGCGGCGAUGGGCAGAGCAUCAAGCCCCCACGGAUCCUGGGGGAGACCUCAGGUCUGGCUGUCCAUCAGGUCAUCACCAUCACCGUCUCGCUCAUCAUGGUCAUAGCUGCUCUCAUCACAACUCUUGUCUUAAAAAAUUGCUGUGCCCAGAGCGGGAACACGCGGAGGAACAGCCACCAGCGGAAGACCAACCAGCAGGAAGAGAGCUGCCAGAACCUGACCGACUUCACCUCGGCCCGCGUGGCCAGCAGCCUGGACAUCUUCACGGCCUACAAUGAGACACUCCAGUGUUCACACGAGUGCGUCAGGGCGUCUGUCCCCGUGUACACCGACGAGACGUUGCACCCGGCGGGGGAGUACAAGUCCACGUUCAAUGGAAACCGGCCCUCCUCCUCUGAUCGGCACCUCAUUCCCGUGGCCUUUGUGUCUGAGAAAUGGUUUGAAAUCUCCUGCUGACUGGCGAAGCCUUUUUUACCUCCUGGGGGCAGGGCAGACGCCGCGUGUCUAUUCCAUGGAUUCCGUGGGUGAACCUGUAAAAACAAAACAAACAAAACAAAACAAAAAAA